CCUACCGCAGCGCGCCAUGCGGGCGGGGGCGGGGCCUCAAGCCACGCCCCUCCCACCAGGCCACGCCCCUUCCCCGGUGACCGGCGGCGGCGGCGGCGGCGGCAUGGCCGUGUGGACCCGGGCUUGUAAAACGGGGCUGCUGGAGCUGCUCCUGCGGGACCGCUGGGUCCGCGUGUCCGCCGAACUGACCGGCGAAACGCUGAGCUUAACGGCGGAACCGGGAACCGGCGAUCCGUCGGUGGUGAACGGCGUGGUGAACGGCAACGCGGAGGCGGCGGCACCCGGUGGCGUGAGGAGGGUGCGGGUGGUGAAAGCGGAGGCGGGAGGGCUCGGGAUCAGCAUUAAGGGAGGUCGAGAGAAUCGGAUGCCGGUGCUGAUCUCACGGAUCUUCCCGGGGCUGGCGGCGGAAAGGAGCGGAGCGCUCCGGUUAGGCGACGCCAUCCUCGCUGUUAACGGCGUCGAUCUCCGCGAUGCCACCCACGAUCAAGCUGUGCAGGCGCUGAAGAGAGCCGGGAGGGAGGUCAUCCUUGAAGUGAAGUUCAUGCGGGAGGUGACCCCCUACAUCAAGAAGCCAUCGCUGGUGUCAGACCUGCCGUGGGAGGGGGCGGCCCCGCAGUCCCCCAGCCUGAGUGGCAGUGAGGACUCGGGGUCCCCCCAGCACCAGGGCCCCCGUGACCGCAAGGUGAUCCCCCUCAAGAUGUGCUUCGCUGCCCGGAACCUCAGCAUGCCUGACCUGGAGAACAGGCUGAUCGAGCUGCACUCGCCGGACAGCCGGAACACGCUGGUGCUGCGCUGCCGGGACACGGCCACGGCCCACGCCUGGUUCAGUGCCCUGCACGCCAACAUCGCCGCGCUGCUGCCCCAGGUCCUGGCCGAGCUCAAUGCCACGCUGGGCGCCGGCAGCCCCCCGGCUGGGGGCCGGGAGGUGAAGCACAUCGCCUGGCUGGCCGAGCAGGCACGCCUGGACGGCGGGCGGCAGCAGUGGCGGCCGGUGCUGAUGGCGGUGACGGAGAAGGACCUGCUGCUGUACGACGGGAUGCCCUGGACCAGGGACGCCUGGGCCUCGCCCUGCCACAGCUACCCGCUGGUGGCCACCAGGCUGGUGCACUCCGGCUCCGGGCGCCGCUCGCCCGCGCUGGGCUCGGAGCUGACGUUCGCCACGCGCACGGGCUCUCGCCAGGGUGUGGAGAUGCACGUCUUCCGCGUGGAGACCCACCGCGACCUGUCGGCGUGGACGCGCGUCCUGGUGCAGGGCUGCCACGCCGCCGCCGAGCUGGUCCAGGAGGUGACCGUGGGCUGCACGCUGGGCGGGCAGGAGGUGCAGCUCUCCAUCCACUACGAGGGCGGGUUCACCAUCUCCCGGGACCAGCCAGGCUCCAGCGUGCUCUUCCGCUACCCCUACGAGCGGCUGAAGAUGUCUGCGGAUGACGGCAUCAGGACCCUCUACCUGGAUUUCGGGGGCCCCGAGGGGGAGCUGGCGCUGGACCUGCACUCCUGCCCCAAGCCCAUCGUCUUCGUCCUGCACACCUUCCUCUCGGCCAAAGUCACCCGCAUGGGGCUGCUGGCAUAGGUGCCCCAGCGCCCUCGCCCUGUCACCAACCAGCUGGGGGUCACAGAGGGCCCCCCAACCUCUCCUGCCCCAUCAGUGCCUUGCUGGGACUGGGAUCCCGCCCUGGAUCCCGCCGGGAGCGCGGCAGGACGGCUGCGGGGGGAGCCCCUCCUGCCCCACGCCAGCGCUGCCAGCCCCCCGUGCCCGGGGGUUGGGGUACCCACACCAGCUUUACCCCCCCGUGGGGUCGGGGUACCCACACCAGCUUUUCCCCCCCGGGGGUCGGGGUACCCACACCAGCUCUACCCCCCCGGGGUCGGGGUACCCACACCAGCUCUUCCCCCCCGGGGGUCGGGGUACCCACACCAGCUCUACCCCCCCGGGGUCGGGGUACCCACACCAGCUCUUCCCCCCCGGGGGUCGGGGUACCCACACCAGCUCUUCCCCCCCGGGGGUCGGGGUACCCACACCAGCUUUUCCCCCCCGGGGCUGAAGCCAUCGCCGAUCUCACCGCCUGUGCCUUGGAGCGGGGCCAGCUCGGGCCCCCCCCAGGGGACCCCUGGUGCCCCCAGCUCACGUCCAGGGGAGUCAGGGUCCCCCUGCCUUGGGGCUUCCUCCAGAGAGGUCACAUUGUUCCCACAUGGGGCAGGGCUGAGGCUGUGGGACCCCCCAAUUGCUGCAUGACAGGGUCUCCACGCCCUGCUCAGGGUGGGGGGACACAUUUGUCUUACAGGGGGCACUCAGGGGUGCAGAGGGGUGUUCUGGCCCAGGGUCCUGCUCCCUGGGGCUUGGCCUCCCCCCGCCAUGCCCCACUGCCCCCCAGCAGUGACCCCCAAACCUCCCAAAGGCUGAACAAACGCCGUGUCUGUGCCCGGGGCUGCAGGGACCCUCCGGGGCCCGGGGCAGGACAUGUAGAUUGAUGCACUUUUCGCUUUUUGUACUUUCCCUCCCCCUGGGAGCAGCUCCCACACCCUGGGGGCUGGGGGGCCCGGGUAGGACCACCGGUACCUCCAGGGACCCCCUACCCCCGGCAAAUGCUGCACGGUUCUCUGCUUCGGGGGGCUGUGCUGGCCGGGGGUGCUGUGGGGUCCUGUGGGUGCUGGCUCGGGGUGCUGCCCCCCAUCCUUCUAUUUUUGUAUUCUUUGUAAAUCGCUAUUUAUAUCAGAUUGCCUUUUC